AUGUCAUCGUCAGAGCGCAAGCCAUUGAUCGCGGGCGGUGCGGGAGCGUCCAUCAACUCGGACCGGGACGGACCCGUCUAUUCUUCUCAGAGCUUGCAUCAACAGCAGCAACCAAAACAGCGACACCCGCACCAUCUGGGCUCGCCGUCGGCGUCUGCUUACUUGUCCACCAAGUCGCUCGUGCGGAUUAGCCUGCCGGAGCCCGACAAGGCGAUCGAUGACCAUACCCGUCGUUGGUUUGGUCGCGACGGAUUGGGCUCGUUUGGCGCCAUUCAGGUGGCCAUGAUUGCCCUGUAUGCAGCCUUCACGGACUACGACAAGACCAGCGACCUGCCCGUCUACGGCUUUGAGAAGGACGUGUCCAUUAUGAUCUUUGUUGGCUUUGGCUUCCUCAUGACCUUCCUGAAAAAGUUUGGCUACGGCGCCGUCGGCUUCACCUUCCUUGUUUCCGCAUUCUGCAUCGAGUGGGCCAUUCUUGUGACGCGCUUCUUCUCCCAGGCGUCCAACAACUCGUUCGGAACCAUCCUCCUGAACGAGUCGGAUCUCACCAACGGCCAGUUUGGCGCCGCCGCUGUCAUGAUCUCGUUCGGUGCCUUGCUCGGCAAGGUGAGCUCGGAUCAAAUGUUCUGGCUGGCCUUUUUGGAAAUCAUCUUUUACGGCCUGAACAUUUUCGUUGGCUCGCUCAAGCUGAAGGCCCUCGACGUCGGCGGCACCAUCUUCAUCCACACCUUUGGCGCGUACUUUGGCCUUGCCGCCUCGUGGGUUCUCUCGCCCGACCCAAAGAAGCGCUCGUAUGUCGACAACUCCAACUCGUACCACUCGGAUAUCUUCUCCUUCAUUGGCACGACCUUUUUGUGGAUUCUGUGGCCGUCCUUCAACGCGGCGCUGGCCGCUCCAGGGCAACAGCAAAUCAUCACCAUCAACACUGUCCUGUCGCUUGUCGGCUCCUGCGUGUGCUCGUUCUAUGCAUCGCGUCUCCUCCGUGGCGAGGGUCGCUUUGAAGUCGUCGACAUCCAGAACGCCACCCUUGCCGGUGGCGUUGCUAUCGGCGCCGUCUCCAACCUGUGCGUCAGCCCCGCAGGCGCCCUCGCUGUCGGCUCGGUUGCUGGCGUGGUCAGCUGCGCUGGCUACAUUUGGACGCAGCCCUGGCUCCAAAAGAAGAUUUCCCUGUACGACACCUGCGGUGUCCACAACCUGCACGGCAUGCCCGGUCUCAUUGGCUGCGCCGCCUCCGUCAUUGCCACCGCUGCCCAGGCCAAUUUCGCCGGCCCUGCAGGCCAAGCCUACCCCCAGUCGACGCAGUAUGCCUACCAGCUUGCAGCCAUCGGCAUCACUCUUGCGAUUGCCAUCUCCUCUGGCAUUUUCUCGGCCCACGUCAUCCAGCGUCUCAUUCCGUCCGAGCGUGUUCUCUUCACCGAUGAGUUGUACUGGACCGUACCCACCUCCGAAGUCACCUUCUCCAAGGGAGACAUCAACCCCAACGUCCGCCGCGCCGUUUCGUCCCGUCAAAAGCGCGCUCUCACCAUUGCCCGCUGGAACCUUGUUCGUGCGUCGAUUGGCAACAAGGGCAACAUGCUCGGCAUUGUCAAGCAUGCCGCCGCUGCCAAGCGUCUUUCCUCGUUGCGACAGAACAGCAACGAGUAG